AUGGAGUCCGAGCUCAUGGCCCAGCGCGACGCAGCGAUCGCUGUGGCGAAGGAGCUCCAGCGGCAGCAGCAGACGCACCAGAAGGAGAUGGAGCGCCUCUUUGAGCGCCGUACGCUCAACGCCGAGCGGCUGCGGCUCCACGCAGAGGAGAAGUACCGUCGCGCCGUCGAGGACCGCAAGUGGAGCGAGAGCUGUUGCCAUCGGCUGUUGACGUGGACGCUGUUCGUGGGCUGCGGCGGCGCUGUGGUCGGGUGGGCAGUGGGUCUGUUGCUGCUGUUGGCUCUGAAGGAGCCGCUCGUGGGGUUCCUGUUGGUGCUCCCGGGGAUGGCCCUGGGGACGCUCGUGGGCCUGACGGUCGCCAAGACCCAAGUGGAGCUGCAGAGCCGCCGGCGGGACGCCAGGAACCGGGACGCUCGGCGUCAUGUGGAGGUCGAGAUGGCCGUGCGCACGGGCGUGGGCGAGCAGGACGCGCCGCUCGAGCCGCUCGAGGACGUCUCGGACAUGCAGGACAUGGUCGACGACGAGUCGCGAGUGGCGCUGCUCGAGGCGAGACAGGAGGCAGCUAGAGAGGACGAGGAGAAGGUCCGUGCGUCCGAGUACGGGUCGAUGCUGAGCUGGAGCUGGAACGCGGCGUGGUACACGCUGCAGACGUCCAAGAGCAUUGCGGUGGGGCUGUACUAUGGAGGAAGUCGGGCGCGAAGCCUCUUGCUCCCGUCUGCGGCAAGUAGGGACAAGGACGCGUAA